AUGCCGGGUCAGAUAACACCACUUCCACGAAACUUACACCGACCGGUGAAUCUACCGGAAGGUAUUCCACGGAGAAAUAAUCAGGGUACAGUUCGUGGUAUCGAGAGCCACUUCAAGCCUGCUAUAGCUAACAACCCAUCGCCGGUUGUGAUCCCGCAAUUACAAGGAGGGCGGUCAUUUGAAGUACGGGCACAAUCAUUAUCGAUUUUGCCCAAAUAUCAUGGUCAAGCACAUGAAGAGCCCUACUUACACAUUGUUGCAUAUGAUGCACGUUGUAACACAAUCGAUGGUCAAGGUUUUUCAACUGAUGAUGUGAAAUUGGUACUCUUCCAAUUCACCCUUGAAGACAAGGCACAGCAGUGGUUCCAUUCGUUACCAUCGCCCUCGAUUUUUACGUGGAACGAGAUGCAGCAGCUAUUUUUAGAUGAAUUCUAUACUCCGAUGCGUACUAACAAUGCCAGGAAGGAUAUUCGGGGGUUCCGACAACAGCCUGGUGAGUUAUUUCAUGAAGCAUUCAAUCGCUUUAAAAUGAUGCUCAAGAAUUGUCCACAUCAUGGCAUAUAUUUGUGGGAGCUUCUCAAUGCAUUUCACGAAGGCCUAACAGAUGAGGAUGCAAAAGAUGUGAGUUCAAUAUCUAAUGGUACUUCUGGAACAAAUUACGAAGAGGACAAUUGGGAAUUUUUAGAAAGAACUGCGAGGAUAUCAAAACGGAAAGCUCAAUCUUCUAGAAGUGCACGACAUUCGGUGGUGAGAGCGGUAGAGAACCCACCUGACGCAAGUGGAAAGUUCCCGAUGUGUGGACAUUGUGGAGAUAUAGGGCAUAUCGCGAAUCAAUGCCCGGUUAUUCAUGGUGAAGGUGAGGAUCUAAAUCCGGGAUUUCAAGGCAAUAAUCAAUCUGGUGGUCAACGGAACUAUAAUCAGAACCGAUUCCAAGGUAAUUUUCAAAGUGGCUACCAAAGCAAUCAAAGCGGACCAAUUGGGCCCUCUAACACUUCUGGGAGUAAUGAUGUGGUGGAGAUGUUGAAGGCAAUUCAACUUGAUUUGCAAAACCAUACUCAAAAGGAUGAGGUGCGAGACAAGGCCAUUCAAGCAUUAACUACACAGAUGGGCCAACUUGCAACCGAGAUGAAGGAGCUGAAGCAGAGUAGCGGGAAGUUACCGAGUGAUACAACAACAAACCCCACUCAUCAGAAGAAAGGCAGCUCAGUCGGCCAGGUAAGUACUUUACGCAAUGGUAAAAGUUAUAAAAAGGUCGACACUCCACCACAGCUUGUUGAUGGUGUGGUGGAGGAUUUAGGUAAAGAUGGUGAGAAUGAUGAUGAUUCGGAACCUAACAUUGUUAAAAUUAAUGGUAAAAAUACCUGUGCUACAACUUCUGAGCCAAUCAAGGCUAAGGAAGGGGAAUCAAUUUUACCCUUUCCCGAAGCCUUGAAGGAUCCGGGUAAUACAAAGAUAAUCAAUAAAAGGGGACCUCAACCGGAGGAAAUCUAG